AUGGCCUCCCGGCGGGCCAGCGGCAGCAACACCAUCAGCAGUUGCGCGCUCUGUGAGGGAUCCAACCUCCCCUCCUGCUGCGUCGCGUGCGUCAACACGAGGCUGUUCGAGUACUACGCAACGCUGCGCCUGAGGAGGAACCUCCGCGACACCCUCCAGUUCCACAUUGUAGCGCCUCGAGGCCAAGGUUGGUCCGUCGCUCUUGCUGUGCCCGUCCUCACCCCGCCGUCAAUGAGAAGGCUAGGACUUGGGCGAAAGCCUGUUUCGAGAGGGUGUAGUUGUCGUUGUCGUGGAAACCUAGGACGAUAUGUUUCUACAUCGAUGGUUAGGACACCCCAGCCGCCAGAGCCCUUCGCCAUUGCCGAGGUCCGAGAGGAGCCGCCGCCGCCGAGAUACAAAAGCGCAUCAAAUUUGACUGCACAGUCAAUCAUAGUCGCAUAUUACAAAAAUGCUACAAGAUCAAAAUUAAGAAGAGUGUCAAAGUGGAUCGUACACACCAAAAGUACUCGUGCAGAAAAUCAUCAGCAGGUGAUGUCGAAGAAUUGGAAAGAAAGAAUAAAAAAUGAUUCGGCAGACUUCUUGUCCAUCUCAGAACUACUACCUCAGAGCAAACCAUGUAAUUUGAAUAUUUAUGCAUCUAUUGGCAAAAUUGUCUUAAUGGGUUCUCUUAGACCUGAAUUGAAGGGGCACUUGUCAGUCAUUGAGAAACAUUCCUUGAAUGGACAUAAUGAUAUCGUCAGAGAUUUUAUUACUACUGGAUGCAAGUUAUGUGGUUUACCUCUAUACGAAAAGAAUCUUCAUGGAGAUAGUACUUAUCCAAUCGAUUGCCUUGAUAAUCCAAAGUAUCUCCAUGUUGUUGGACAGAUAUAUAAACCAUUCAUGAUCUAUGUGCAAGACCAAACUGGACAAGUUCCUGUGCUUGUGAAGAAUAAAGUUGCCGAGAUUCUGUUUUCAAAUAUCAACGCAGAUGAUGUGUCUGAAUGCUACAAGAGCCGCCAUUGCAUGCUGGUAGAUACUUGUGACUCUGGCCAGUCAAGCACUUGUGGGAUGCUAGAUGGCAGUGGCAAGACAGGCAUUGCUAAAAGGAAAAGAACCAAACAUAAGCUUGAUUUUCAUCUUAUCUGGCUCAUUGUUAUGAAAUGCCUGCUGAACCAAGGCAAGAACAGUCCAUUCUGCUUCCAGAUUUCAGUCAACCCCGGGAGAAAUGUUGAGGAUGGACGAUUUGAACUGAUUUCGUUGACAAUGCCAAUACCAUGAGAUGGGAAUUCUUCUUUUA